UUGAAGAAUGCGUCUCGCGUUGUCUCUUCUGGUUCUGAUCGCACUGAUCGUGGUGGCUUCUCAGGCUCAAAACAGGCAACGACGCCAAGCAAAGGCCAAGGCUUUUAGCAGUGCAACACCUCGCCAGGUGCGUGCUCAGGCAAAUCGCAAUGCCAGGGCCAGCACAAGCAAUGCGCGGCGGCGUUCGGUAAGCGCACGUCGCACCACAGUAGCUAAAACCACGGGCAACUCCCGAAGUAAAUCGGUUAUAAUCAUUAACGGCUCCGGCAGCAGCAGUAGCAGCAGUAGCUCUACGCCCUCAUCCCGCUGUGUGACCACCACCAGCAGCUGCAGUGUUAACUCUAACGUCUGCGGACGCUGGAGCAGGACACGCCGUUGCCACCGAUUCAGGAAUCGUUGCCUGAUGGAGCGAGCCAAUUGUCGGGCAACUGUCUCAAGCUGGAAUGUAGUCAAUCUGGGCAAUUGUUCGAGCAUUACGGUAAAUCAGACAGGAACCUGCCGCAGCACUUUCUCCACAUCUUCGUCAUCGUCCACAACCUCGAGCUCAUCCUCUACUGGUGGCUGGUCCAGCAUUCUGUCCUCUAUAUUGGGCUCAUCUUCCUCGUCGAACAUAACGCCCAUAAUUAUAAGAACGGGUUAAGCUGCAUAUAUGUACAUAUGUAUAUACAAAAUUCCUAGGGAAGAAAAAACAUACAACUCUUAAAUAGUUAAUUCAGGUACGUUGUAAAUAAAAUA